AUGUCACCGACACAACAAGCAUCUCUUGCCCAGGUGGGGAAGCUCAUCAAUCUCAUACCCGUGGGCCUGAAGGAAGCCGCGCUGGACUCGCCUACCUUCCGAGCAACCACCAUAUACUUCUCUGAACAGGUUGAUCUAAUCGAGAAAUGGGCCGAGGAGUAUCUGAAGUCGACCAACAAGCUGAUUUCCGAGUCCGCUACACUCGAAAAUGUCAUCAACAGCUUCAUUGCUCAUGCGCUGCUACCCAAUUCGAUAACCGAAGCUGUCCUGGACCACGACUACAGCAUUCUCGCUAUGAGAAAAUAUGGAGAGGGCGCAAAGGACUUCUGGAUGAGCACAUUCGCUGUGGUCAAAAGGUUGGCUGCAUCGGUGGUUGACCCUAUCAGGUUGUUUUUACAAAAUGAUUUACGUGCCUUCAAGGAUGUACGGCGAAACUUGGAGCUCUGUCAGAAGACUUUUGAUGCCCUACAAACGAAGUAUGCUUCUCACGCGAAGACUAAGGAACCUUCGUCCUUGCGCGAAGACGCUUUCCAGCUUCACGAGGCUCGGAAGGCCUAUCUCAAAGCAUCAAUGGACUACUGUGUCGCAGCACCUCAACUACGUACCACCAUUGACAAGCUUGUUAUUCGAAUCUUCUCCGACCAGUGGCGGGAGAUGCGAGCCUCACGAGAAAAUAGUGGUGCCACUUUCGCUCGAGGCGCAAAUGAGAUGGAACGCGUCACGGGGUGGGUUAGGGAGAUGGAGAAUAGCGACAAGACCUUCAAGAGAGAAUUGCAAGCUGCACGGAAAGAGCUCGAAGAAACGGCAGAGGCUGUCACUCGCCCUUCGCGUGAGCUGGAUGAUUAUGCAGUAUCUACCGUGCCGUACCUAGGCCAUGCACCCUCUGCUAGUCAUGGAAAUGUUCCUAAAUCACCGAAGAAGGAUCCAGUCAAGAAGUCUGAAAAGCAAGGCUGGCUUUAUCUCCGGACUUUCUCGGGAAAGCCAGUCAGAACGGUGUGGGUGCGUCGAUGGGCGUUCGUCAAGAACGGCAUUUUCGGUUGGUUGCUACAGAGUGCUCGUGCUGGUGGUGUUGAAGAGAGUGAACGUAUCGGUGUGUUGCUAUGUAAUGUCAGGCCUGCACUUCAAGAAGAACGACGCUUUUGCUUCGAGGUAAAAACAAAGAACAAUGCCAUCAUGCUUCAAGCGGAUACCCAGGCCGAGCUUACGGAGUGGAUCAGCGUCUUUGAGAAUGCCAAGUCUAAAGCUCUUGAUGAUCCAGGAUCAACUGACUCCUUUGUUGGCAAGGCAGGCCAGCCAGACCCUGCAUUCACCAUAUCUCCACCAUCUGUCCCAGAGUUUGGAACUCUGGUCCUGGAUUCAGUCAACCCUGGAAGCCGAGAUGAGGAGUCCAAUACUCUCGAACGAACAGGCACGAUGCUCUCAUCUAGCCAAGAAGGUGGUUCGGAAAUAACUCGAAAGGGGACUGGGCUCGGGAUCGAAGGUGGUGGCCUCCGUGACCAUGCUGCAAGAGCUAUGUCCAAAGUCGACCUACCACGCCGGUCUGCUGCAACAGGUACGCCGGGUUCACCAGCACUAGGUGGCAUCGCAAGCCUCAUUGCCGCCAGCCAUGGUUCAAUGCCAGUCGGCCCGGGCGCUCCUGUCAAGCCAGCUGAGACGGAGAAGCCCAAGAGCAGUUUCACACUGGCCUCGCGUGAUAUGCCACCAAACACACUCGCGCCGUCAACUCUGAUCAACCCGCCUGCACCAACACAGCUGAGCAAGCAGGCUGUCAUCGUCAGUGGCGAGCGUGGUAUCAGUUCUCUUGCAGACAAGUCGGGAGGGAUGCCUAGCGGGCUGCUCGCCAACAUGUGGGGAAGCUGGAACUGGGGCUAUGUCAACAGGCUUGAGCGGGGAGAGGUGAAAUUGCCAUCAGAGACCAGACCUCUUGAGCAGCCUAGUCCGUUGAUGCUGCCGUCCGGUUCGCCGCCAGAAGAGCCAAUACAGUCUUUGGCCAAAGAGAGCCUGGUUCCUUUUUCGGCGUCAGCUACAGAUCUGACUCUCGCGGACGGGCGCUCGAAAAAUCCUCCCCAGUCACCCGGGAAACACAACACGAUCAGUAUGGAUCUCGAGUCUGCAAAAGCUCUCCGCUCGGCCAUCGCUCCGCAAGAGUAUCCCACCUACUACCCUCUGCAAUUGAAGACGCAGGAUGCUCAAUUCCGCCUACUGUUCCCCAGCGUCAGCAAAGAUGAGAAAUUGGUGUUGGUUUUCCGAGCAACCUGGAACCCAAAUGACCAGCAGGAAUUUCCUGGAAGAGCCUAUGUAACCACCCAUGAGAUUUACUUUUACAGUCACCACCUCGGACUUGUCCUGGCUUCCGGUGUGAGUCUAUCCACCAUCGAAGAGGUCACAGCUGCACCUGGACGAGAUUGUGACUUCCUCUUUCUACACCUGCGAGAUGUCAAAGAUGACGGUCCCACACGGAUCACAAUCAAGACUUUCCUGGAGCCGUUGAAGCUGCUACAGCGGCGAUUGAAUUAUCUGGUCAGGAACAGCGUCGCUGAAGAACCUUCCGACCUGGAAAAUGUCAUCAAAACAUUGGUCAAGAUGGAAAACCAAAGACGCAAACGAAGUACAAGCUCCGAGAGCUGGGAAGAUGUGUCGAUUAGCACCCCCAUGGACGACGGCACAUCCGGAGGAGCAGCUCGUUCAAGACAGAACCUGAGCGACCUGAAAGCUCCCGUUCGAGUCGACCGAUCGCUGGAGAAGCAGCUGGGAAGGUAUGGAGAAGCGAAGGAAGCCCCCAAAUUCAAGCUCCCCGCUCAGCCUGUAAUGUACACCCCAGCAGGAAACCUUCACAAAGCCGUGGAGAAGAACUUCGACGUCAGUCCCAAGGCGCUCUUCCACGUCCUCUUUGGCGACAAAAGCGCCGUCUGGCAACUCCUGCAGCAUGAGCGUCGCGCGAAGAACCUCAGGCAAGGUCCGUGGGUCAGCGUAGGCGAAGGCCACUUACGACGAGACUUUGACUUCGAAAUCCCCAUCUCUGACGCCUUGGGCCGGACAAGAGACAUGGCAGUGCGCGACUACCAAGUGGUCGACGUGCUAUCCGACCACCUCUGCUACGUGGUUACCGACAAACGAACCGCGUGGCACCUCCCCUACCGCCGCAACUUCAAAAUCGUCAGCAAGAUCGUCAUCACCCAUCUCGCAAAAUCCAAAAGCAAACUCGCCAUCUUCACCAAAGUGGAAUGGGUCCGCCGACCAUGGAUGCUAAAACGCAUCAUCGACAACCAAGCGAUGGAUGAUCUGGAACUCGAUGCCCUCGACCUGACCGAUUUGGCCACGGACCAAGUCCGCCGUCUAGGCCCCUACAGCCGCACCAAGAAAGCGAUCCAGAUCUUCGGCCACGUGGGGCAAUCCAGCAGCGUGACGCAGCUCCAGCUCGAGAAGAUGCCAAUCAACAUCGAGAUGCGCCGACGACUGCCGGUGCAAUACCCGCUCUUGGCUUUGCUGCUGCACACGACAACAGCAGCCCUCGAAAACACGUUCAUCUCCCUCCUCGAAAUCGUUCUCGACACGCUCCGCUGGUUCUGGAAAACCGGGUCCGCCAACAGCGUCAUCCUCUCCCUCCUCGUGAUCAGUGCGUUGGCAAAUGGCUUCUACUCGACGCGCGACUCGUGGCAGUGGUGGCAUGAACGCUCCGCCACGAGGUUCAUGGCCAGGAUGGGCGUGCAGGCCGACACGGUGAUGAGCAAGGCCGUGUUUGUGCGGGAUCUUGAUGCGAUCGCUAUUCCUACGAAUCUCACCUCGACGGUCUCCACUGCUCCUGAGGGUGCUGCGAAUAGUAUAGGUGGCGAGAGGGAGAGUCCAUGCUACGCCACCUUCCAAUUCGCCCAUCAGCUCGAUGAUGGUCUUGAUACCGCCCCUCGACUACGAUCCCCGCCACCUCUCACGAGGCAGAAUGAGAUCAAGUACCGCAUCCACCACACGCGCAGGAAACUGGCCGCGUACCGACAUGAUCUGUUGGUGGCGAUGAGGGUGGUCAAUGCCGUUGAACGCGAGGUCUUGAGCUCGGAGUGGGAGGGCUGGGUUCGAGCGGAGGCGAGGAGGUGUAGCUGGAUUGGCGCGUUGUUGGAGGAGAGUGGGAAUGGGACGGUGGGGCAGGAGGAGGAGGAGGGGGAGGCGGGUAGCCUGAUGUUGGACGGAAAAGAGAGGGAUGAGGUGCAGAGAUGGUAUGACACUUACUGCGAGAGUUGUCGGAGGGACUGGGACGGGUUGCGGGCCGCGAGGUAG